AUGACAGCCAGACUCCUCAUCCUAAUCCCAAAUGCCAAUCCCAAAUGCCCACUCCUCGCUCCCCCCCAAAACGACGGUGGCCGGGGGAGUCGAGUGAGGGUUUCCCCCGCCCCCGUUGUCCGCUUUCCCGUCGCUCUCCUCGCUUCUUUCCUCUCUCUUUCACUGUCUCAUCUUUGGUGGAACCGGUUUUCUCACGUCUCAGCCCAACCCCGCGCCUUGCUGCAGCCUCACAGCUCCCACUCCCACUCCCACUCCCCACGGUUGCCGUUUUCUGCACAUUCCUGGCGGCUUGUGCUUCUCACGCUAGAAGCAGCCACUGUCGUCAGUCGUACCCAGCGGAGCCCAUCCUCGGGAUCUCCCGCCAAGCUCUCACACCCUCACGACACUCACGACCCUCACAACUGGUCGACUGGACGCUUGCUGAAGCCACGCCUCGUCGUCGCACACGCUCGCGCCCUCACACGCAGCACACGCCCGAGGCCGGACGCCCUCCCUCACCCUCACCCGCCGCUGCUCCGUCUUGCGCCACACACGCGAUCAAGGAGGAAAGAGACAAGAUCAGGCUUGCGCCGGAAACGACAACUGCAACCUCCCUUCGCCCUCUCCAUCCACCCACCGUCCGUACCUACCCAUCGUCUUGGGGACGCUCCCCAUUGUUGCAUCGACAAACCCACUAACAGGAACUCAGAUGCCGCAUCUGCUCCGGCGUACGCCUCACGGCUUCUCUUUCGUCUCCCUCUUUCUCUUUCUGCACUGCACGUCCGCCUCCACCUCUUCCUCCACAUACAUCCAUCCCACAUUUCACAUCCCAUAUCCAUCCGCCUCGACAGUUGUACCUGUACCACCAGCCCACUCCCGCCCACGCUCCCACGCUCCCACGCUCCGUGGGUCCACGGCCCACGGCCCAAGGACGGUCCACCAACGUGUGCGGUCAAAGGCAAUGGCCCAUGGCUUCUCGUGCAGACGCAGCCCUGCAUCAGCUCAGCGAGCUACUACGUACCUGACCAAGCUCGACGCUCAAUGACCCCACCUGCGCCGGGCUAG